GGAGGGCCGGGCUCCCGGCAUCGUGGUCGCGCUCGCCCGCGGCUCUGCCCGCGGCUGCCGUCUGGACGCUUGGCCAUGUCCUGGCGCCGCGCGGUUUCGCCGGGGAGGUGGCUGGUGGCGAGCGGGAGCAGCUUGGCGUGGCGGCGCAGCGCGGCGGGAGCUGCGGGCUCGGGGAAGAUGGGAAACAGCACAUCCUCAUCUGUGGAGAAGUCAGCAACUACUCCUGUGAACCAGAUCCAAGAAACAAUUUCUAACAAUUGUGUGGUGAUUUUCUCAAAAACAUCCUGUUCUUACUGUUCAAUGGCCAAAAAGCUUUUCUAUGACAUGAAUGUCAACUAUAAAGUUGUGGAAUUGGAUAUGCUGGAAUAUGGCAGCCAGUUUCAGGAUGCUCUUCAUAAGAUGACUGGAGGAAGAACUGUUCCAAGGGUGUUUGUCAAUGGCACAUUCAUCGGAGGCGCAGCUGACACUCACAGGCUUCACAGAGAAGGGAAGUUGCUGCCGCUGGUUCAUCAAUGUAACCUACAGAAGAGCAAGAGGAAAGCCGUGGAAUGAUGUGGCCGUUCACUGGGACCAGUGAAAUGUUCGUUAAUGCAAUUCCGCUUUUUAAUUGUUCGAAGCUGUUUUAAGUGUGUGUACUACCUUCCUAAAGACAACUUCAAAUACUGGACAAUAAAUUACUGUGGACCCCCUCAAA